GAAAGGCGUACACAGCCACAAAAAAAAAGAUCCAGAUGUCACCCACCUUCCGACGGCCCGAAACACUGCGGCUCAGGAGGCAGCCCAAAUAUCCUCGGAAGAGCGCCCCUAGGAGAAACAAGCUUGACCACUAUGCCAUCAUCAAGUUCCCCCUCACCACCGAGUCAGCCAUGAAGAAAAUAGAAGACAACAACACACUGGUGUUCACUGUGGAUGUCAAGGCCAACAAGCACCAAAUUAAACAGGCUGUGAAGAAGCUCUAUAACAUUGACAUGGCUAAGGUCAACACCCUGAUCAGGCCUGUUGGAGAGAAGAAGUCAUAUGUUCGACUGGCUCCUGACUAUGAUGCUUUGGAUGUUGCCAACAAAAUUAGGAUCAUCUAA